CGCUUCCAGUUCACCCGGAAGUGCCCUGUUGUUUUUGUUUUGAAUGAAGCUAGUGCAAUGCGCAUAUGGACCCGAAGGAAAUAUUAGUCUAAAGCACCACCAUCCUCAUGAUGAACUUCGAGGGUAUGGACCCGGGCAUGGGCGAGUACGCGCCCGGUCUGGACUCUGCCCUGGACCCGCGGCUCGACCCCGGACUGCUCCAGGCUGUGGAGCUCGACCCCGACGGUCUGGCCGUGCCUGUAAACGAAUCUGUGCACAUAGUGGAGGGCAUGUACUCAGAGCUGCACAGCGUGGCCGCGGAAGUCGGGAUACCAGUGACAGCCACGCACUUUGACCUGCAGGAGGAGCUCUUAUGGAUGGGGAACCACCGGGGUCACGCCAGUUCUUUCUUUGGGCCGACAAUGGGCCGCUAUUCCUCGUUCCAGGUGCACAUGACGGAUGACAUCCGACACAUUCAGAGUAUGGACACGGGCGUGUUGUUUUUGACCAAGAGCAACCUCAAAUGCAUUACGCGUGGAGGAUUGAUUAUGUUUGAUUAUCCGAUGGAUGAGGGCGCUGACAUGCACAGUUUGCUUCUAAACGAUAAUAACACUUUGUUAAUGGGAGGUCUCCAGAACUACGUAGCAGAGUUUGACCUUGCCACAGUACAGGAAACCCAAAAAUUUACUGUUGAGGUGCCUGGGGUCGCCAUCAUGAGACAAUCCAAUCGCUUCUUCUUUUGUGGUCACACCUCUGGCAAGGUAUCUUUGCGGGAUCCACGCACGUUUAAAAUGGAGUACGAGUUUGACGCUUUCUCCGGGAGUCUGUCCGAUUUUGACGUACAUGGUAACCUGUUGGCGGCGUGUGGCUUUUCCAGCCGUGGUUUAAAUGGAUUGUCAUGUGACCGGUUUCUGAUGGUGUACGACCUGCGCAUGAUGAGGGCCAUCACACCACUACAGGUCCACGUGGACCCUCUGUUCCUCCGCUUCAUCCCCACAUACACAUCACGUCUGGCUAUUAUUUCACAAACAGGUCAAUGUCAGUUCUGCGAGCCGACCGGACUAGCCAAUCUGGCCGACAUCUUUCACGUUAACACGGUGGGACAGCUGAUGAUGAGCUUUGACGUGUCCUCCAGCAAACAGGCGCUCUCCUUUGGGGACUCCGGUGGUGGUGUGCACUUGUGGUCAAGCGCCCCGGAGGUGUCCUAUAACAGUUACUCCAGAGAUACUGAGCUAGCCCUGCCUUGCCUGGUGGACUCAUUACCCCAGCUGGACUGGACCAAUGAGCUGAUGCCCCUUUCUCUCCUGCCCAUGCCCCUCACCAGCACAGAGCCCUUGCUCUCUGAUUGGCCUACUUCCCAUAUUAUGCCCAGCCCCAGACGAGCCCCCCCAGUAGAUCCAGAAAUUCUCAGGACUAUGAAGACAGUGGGAUUUAUUGGAUAUGCUCCCAAUCCUAGAACCCGUCCUAGAAACCAGGUUCCCUAUAAGAUCAAAGAGAUUGAACUUGAGUAUGACAGCUAUAAUCAGGUUCCCGAGUCUCCCAUUGGUCGAGAUGAGGAGCCACAUCUUUACAUGGUGCCAAAGAAGUACCGUAAGGUGACCAUUAAAUAUUCCAAACUGGGACUGGAAGACUUUGAUUUUAAGCACUACAACAGGACUUUGUUUGCUGGUCUGGAACCUCACAUACCCAAUGCUUACUGUAACUGCAUGAUUCAGGUGUUGUAUUUCCUCGAGCCAAUCAGGUGCGUGGUACAGAAUCACCUGUGUCAGAAGGAGUUUUGUCUGGCUUGUGAGCUGGGCUUUCUCUUUCACAUGCUGGAUCUGAGCAGAGGAGACCCCUGCCAGGCCAGUAAUUUUCUCCGGGCUUUCCGAACUAUCCCAGAGGCUUCGGCGUUGGGUUUGAUUUUGGCGGAUUCCGAUGAACAGACAGGGAAAGCCCGUCUGGGCCGCCUCAUUCAAAGUUGGAACCGUUUCAUUCUUGCGCAGCUGCAUCAGGAGACGCUGGAGCAGGAGGGACCGCAGGCAUACAGAGGAGCGAGUAGCAGUGCGUUGGGUUCUUCUGGGGAGUCUGUGAUUGGCCGGUUGUUUGGCUGUGAAGUGGAGAACAGCAGUUUAUGUCGCUGUGGAAAGGAGACGGUUCGCUCAUCUCUGACUUUGCUGUUCACCAUGCACUACCCCGAACACAACUCUCUUGAUAAGACGAUAAAGGAAUACGACUUUGCGGAUAUUUUGAAGAAGAGUAUCUGUCUGGAACAAAGCACUCAGGCCUGGUGUGACAACUGUGAGAAAUAUCAGCCGACUGUGCAGACCAGGAACAUUCGCUGUCUGCCCGAUGUUCUGGUAAUAAACUGUGAAGUGAACAGCGCUAAGGAGGCGGAGUUCUGGAAAGCACAGAAUGAGUAUGCGUACAACAAAGCUGUGAAGAAAGAGGCAGCGGAGCCUCCCAAAGUUCCCAGUGAGCCUCUUCCUACAGAAUGGUGUAUAGAGGAAGAACUGUACAAUGUGGAAGGCUUGACCUUUGACACUCAGGCAGAGGACAUGAAGCGUGUGUGGAUCCCUCUCAGUCUGAAGAUGUGCAUCAGUAAAACUCAAGGCCUGGAGGUCAGCAGUGUGCCUGUGGGAGAGGAGCUGACCGAGAGUGAAGAGGCAGAGGGGGCGUCUAUCUAUGAUCUGGUAGUCACAGUGUCUCAUAUCCUGGACACACGGACUGGAGGAAACCUAGUGGCUCAUAUUAAAGUGGGCGAGACCUACCACCAGAGAAAAGAGGGAGUAACACACCAGCAGUGGUAUUUGUUCAACGAUUUUUUGAUCGAGCCUAUAGACAAGGCUGAAGCAGCUCAGUUUGAGGUCAACUGGAAGGUUCCAGGUGUACUUUACUACGUCAAGAGGAACUACCAUGCCAAGUAUGAUUUGCGAAUUAAAAACCCUAUUGAGGCCAGCGUUCUGCUGACUGAAGCCUCGUUGGCACGGAAACAGAGGAAGAGUCACGCUACCUUCAUACCGCUCAUGGUAAGCGAGAUGCCUCAAGCUGGAGACCUCGUUGGACUGGACGCAGAGUUUGUCACGCUCAACCAGGAAGAGGCAGAACUACGCAGCGAUGGGACCAAGUCUACCAUUAAGCCCAGCCAGAUGUCCGUGGCCCGUAUUACUUGUGUGAGAGGCCAGGGACCCAAUGAGGGAGUGCCAUUCAUUGAUGACUACAUCUCUACACAAGAGCAGGUGGUGGAUUACCUGACCCAAUACUCUGGUAUCAAACCUGGAGACCUGGAUGCCAAGAUCUCAUCUAAACACUUAACCACUCUGAAAUCAACAUAUCUCAAACUGCGAUUUCUUAUCGACACUGGGGUGCGCUUCGUUGGCCAUGGUUUACAGAAGGAUUUCAGAGUCAUAAAUUUAAUGGUUCCAAAAGAUCAGGUCAUCGACACUGUCUACCUCUUCCACAUGCCUAGGAAAAGAAUGAUCUCUCUGCGUUUCCUUGCAUGGUACUUUCUCGAUCUGAACAUUCAGGGUGAAACCCAUGAUAGUAUUGAAGAUGCGCGGACGGCGCUGCAGCUGUACAGGAAGUAUCUGGAGCUGAGUCACAACGGAGGAAAAGAUGAGUUUCGGAAGGUCCUCAAGGCUCUCUAUGAGAAAGGACGCAAACUAGACUGGAAGGUUCCAGACAUUGACUCUGCAGAUGGUCAAGGUAGCCCAAAAAGUACAGCUGUGUUUCCCUCUGUGAUGGGUUUAUGAUCCCAGUAAAACUCAAGCUGGUUAUAUUCCUGCCAAAUAGAUGUCAGCCCCCGUCAUUUAUUUCAACAGUGUUCUCUUUCAAUAUGUUGUGAAUAAAUAUCUCUUCAUGAGUGUAUUUCAUGUCAUAAGGUUAAAAAUAGUCACACAUGUGAUCAUGUCUAAGUUGUUUUCACACCAUGUGUAGUGUGUAUGUGGUACAGUAUGUAUGGGAAGAAUAUGGAUAAGGAAAAAAAUCUACUUAAACAGGAAUAUGCCCUUAAAAAUAACAUGAAAGGAAUGUUUCCAUGAAAAGCAGUUGCUUUUUACACCAAUGUAUUUACAGUAUAUCAUGUCAGAAACUCCAGUUAUCAAGAACAUGAAUUUAGCAGUAUAUGGACAUUUUGUUUUUUUCUAUUUUGUAUGCUAUACACUGUAAUAAUGUGGCAGCUGAAUAAAUAAUUUUGGAUAAAUCUUUUUGUU